CCAUAUUCGUCCCAUAGAGUGACGGUGACGUUUGCAAGCGCAAGGUGCCCUUGCGUAGUAAUCAGUUUUUAGUUACAUUUUUUUCUUGUAUUUUACUUAGUUGUGUUGCGUGCUCCAAGAGAAGGGACGUAGGGACCUACAAGCACUCUUCACAAUGUCAAAUGAACCUCUUCGUGUCCUGGUAACCGGUGCAGCUGGACAGAUUGCUUAUUCCUUAUUGGGAAUGGUGGCAAAGGGGGAUGUCUUUGGCAAGGAUCAGCCUUUGAUACUUCACCUUCUGGAUAUCCCCAUGAUGAGCCAAGUCCUCAAUGGAGUUGUCAUGGAACUGGUAGACUGUGCCUUUCCACUCCUCAAGGAUGUGAUAGCGACCAGUGAUGAGAAGACUGCCUUCUCGGGUAUUGACGCUGCCUUCCUGGUGGGAGCAAUGCCACGAAAGGAAGGUAUGGAACGCAAAGAUCUCUUGGCUGCAAACGUCAAGAUCUUCAAGAGCCAAGGCAAAGCCCUCGAUCAGUAUGCCAAGAAGUCCGUCAAGGUCCUGGUGGUAGGAAACCCAGCCAACACAAAUGCUCUCAUCUGCAGCAAGUUUGCCCCUUCUAUUCCCAAGGAGAAUUUCUCAGCCAUGACGCGACUCGACCAGAACAGAGCACAGGGACAGAUUGCUCAGCGGCUGAAGGUGUCCCCGGGUGAUGUGCGCAACAUGGUCAUUUGGGGCAACCACUCAUCAACCCAGUUUCCAGAUGCCAGCCACGCGAGUGUCACUCUUGAGGGAAAAUCUCUCAAGGUCACGGAGGCUGUCAAUGACGAAGCCUAUUUCAAAGGAGACUUCAUCUCGACAAUCCAGAAACGUGGAGCAGCUGUGAUUGCAGCACGCAAGCUGUCAAGCGCAAUGUCUGCUGCUAAGGCAGCUGCCGACCAUGUGCGCGAUUGGUGGAACGGUACAUCAGAGGGCCAGUGGACUUCGAUGGGCGUGUUGAGCGACGGGUCCUACGGUGCCCCCCUGGACGUCAUGUUUAGUUUUCCCGUCACUGUGGAUCUCCAGCGUCGUUGGCGUAUUGUGCAAGACCUUCCAGUCUCAGAGUUUGCUCGGGAGAAGCUUGACGUGACCAGCAAGGAACUGCUUGAAGAACGGGAGGAGGCUCUUGCCGUCUGCAAGGAUUGACGGGAACCACCGUCUACAGCCAAGCUCUGAACUCUGCAGGCAACAAAUAGUGGUUGUUAGAAAGCCCACAUAACGGCUGUAGACGGAUAGCCUUGACUCUGAGAAACCAAUAGUACGAUUUUACAUUAUCGCAAAUUUGUCCUAAUAAACAGCCAGUGUAGUCUCA